UUCUGGGACUAGGCGGUACGGCCGUGGUGGACGAAAUUGCCCUCCAUUUUCGUUGAAAUCUCGAAACUUUUUCCCGUUUCCAGCCUUGGUCAAAGACCCUUACUGCUAUUUGCCCUGCUUUCUCGCAUUUUUCUCUUUUAUUUCCCUCUCUUUCGACAACCACAGGGAGGGAGGGAGACUGCAAUGGAUUUCUUCGUCGAAGGUGUAGGGGAGAGCUCCUCUCCACCGCGCACCUUGAGUGGCUUCGGCAACUAUGAUGUGAGGAACGAUGUUCACAAUCGUUUAGUAGAAAACGGCCAUGGCCAAGAGGCGGAAUUUCGUGAGCAGCUAGACGCUCACUUCAACCGAUUGCCUCCGAGUUAUUUGCUUGAUGUUAACAUAGACAGAGCUGAAGAUGUUUUAUUACAUCAGAAACUUCUUGCCUUGGCAAGGGACCCAAGCAAGCGCCCUGUCUACAAUAUACGCUUUUUGGAGCACAUUUCUACUAGAAUGGAUGAUCGAGAUCAACAAAUUAUAAAUGCUCAUUCUAGCAUAAGGCCAUCUUCUCCCGCAUCUAAUGGGGAAGCUGAAUCAUCUCAUAAAAGGGCAAGAGACUGUGCAGCUGAGUUUGAGCCUUGCUCUAAGCUUGAAGAUCUUAAUUUGGAUGUUGGAAAGAACUCCAAGGAGGUUACUGACAAUUACUCCCAGAUGCAUGAGCAACUGAGUAUUCCAGUUCAUGAAGUUAUAUUUUCUGCCAUUGACAAGCCAAAGCUUUUAAGCCAGCUGUCUGCGUUGCUGUCUGAUAUUGGACUUAACAUCCGUGAAGCACAUGUUUUUUCAACGACGGAUGGCUACUCCCUUGAUGUAUUUGUUGUGGAUGGAUGGCCAGUAGAGGACACACAUGGAUUGUAUGAGGCCAUGGAGAAAGCUGUUGCAAGAAGUGAGGGGUCUUGGUCUCGUUCUUUGAACUCCCAUACAACUGCAGAGAAGGCGAUAGUAGGAGAAGCAAAAUCUGGUGAUUGGGAAAUAGACAGGAGGCUGCUUAAAAUAGGAGAUAGAAUAGCAUCUGGAUCUUGUGGAGAUUUGUAUCAUGGAGUUUAUCUUGGUCAAGAUGUUGCUGUUAAGAUUUUGAGAUCUGAGCAUUUGAACGAUGCUUUAGAGGAUGAGUUUGCUCAAGAAGUGGCAAUUCUUAGGCAGGUGCAUCAUAAAAAUGUUGUUCGUUUCAUUGGUGCAUGUACAAAAUCUCCACAUUUGUGGAUUGUAACAGAGUAUAUGCCUGGAGGAAGUCUGUAUGAUUACUUGCAUAAAAACCAUAAUAUGCUCGAUCUCUCUCAACUACUGAAGUUUGCGAUUGAUGUCUGUAAGGGUAUGGAGUAUUUGCACAGAAACAAUAUAAUUCACAGGGAUCUGAAGACAGCCAAUCUGUUGAUGGAUACCCACGAUGUUGUUAAAGUAGCAGAUUUUGGAGUAGCUCGGUUCCUGAAUCAGGGGGGAGUGAUGACUGCAGAAACUGGAACAUACAGAUGGAUGGCUCCGGAGGUUAUAAACCAUCAACCUUAUGAUCAGAAAGCUGAUGUAUUCAGUUUUUCCAUAGUACUGUGGGAACUAGUAACUGCAAAGGUACCAUAUGAUGCGAUGACUCCACUACAAGCUGCCCUAGGCGUGAGACAGGGGUUACGCCCGGAACUUCCAAAGCAAGGGCACCCUAAACUAAUAGAUUUAAUGCAAAGAUGUUGGGAAGCAAUUCCAGCCAAUCGGCCAUUCUUCUCUGAGAUAACAGUUGAACUGGAAAAUCUCCUUAAAGAAGUUGAGAAUGAUUCAGAAACUAACGGUGCUUGAGAUAAGCACAACAUACUAGAUCGCUGUUAUCUUCAGGCAGUCACAUGAGAAUCUGGAUUUUUCAUUUUCCACUUUCUUUGGGUGUUCAAAUAGAUAGAUUUUUUCGUUUCCCCUUUUUGCUCGAGGGAGAAAGGAGUUAACAGAAGCUGACCAAUACAGAAGUGACAGAGACUGUAUAGAGACAGACUAAUGGUAUAGUUGAUAAUACUUGGAAAUAUAUAAAUCCCACUCCGGUUGAUGUCAAAACAUUUGCUGUAAAAAAGUUGUUUUGACAAAGGAAUAUGUUACCUGCGGUUAUUGGAAUGAGUUUUCUGGUAAACCGACAAUGCCCAACUGUAACAAGCAAUAUCAAUGAAGGAAAUUAGAGCUUAAUUUAUUUGAGGCUUGAUGAUUUAUUGUAUAUAAACAAUAGGUAUUCAGCACUGGGGUGAUGUUCGUUUUUGUUUUGUUCUCUCUGUUUUGAUGACUCGAGGUAUUAUCUAUUGCGUGAUCCUGUGAACUGAUUGGUGAUCAUUAAUCUAGAGGUAUACAGUCAAUUUUGGUAUGAUGAUCUAGUAGGAAAAUAACUCAGACCAUUACUUUGAAUCAACUUUGGGUUGUUUUCUCU